AUGGCGGAGCGGGAGGAGCGGCGCUUCGUGGAGCUGCCGCGGGACUCGGUGCGGCUCAUGGCCGAGAGCGCCGGCGUCGAGCUCAGCGACGAGGUGGCCGCGCUGCUGGCCGAGGACGUGUGCUACCGGCUGCGGGAGGCCACGCAGAACAGCUCCCAGUUCCUCAAGCACACCCGGCGGCGCCGCCUCACCGUGGAGGAUUUCAACCGAGCCCUGCGCUGGAGCAACGUCGAGGCCGUCUGCGGCUGCGGCUCCCAGGACUCGCUGCCGUUCCGGCCGCUCCGGGAGGGGGAUUUGUUCUUCCCCGAGGAUCGUGAGGUGAACCUGGUGGAGCUGGCGCUGGCCACCAACAUCCCCAAGGGCUGCGCCGAGACCGCCGUCAGAGUUCACGUGUCCUACCUGGAUGGCAAAGGGAACCUGGAGCCGCAGGGAGCAGUGCCCAGCGCCGUGUCCUCGCUCACCGAUGACCUCCUCAAGUACUACCAGCACGUCACCCGCGCCGUGCUGGGCGACGACCCCCAGCUGAUGAAGGUGGCUCUGCAGGACCUCCAGAGCAACCCCAAGAUCGCGGCGCUGCUGCCCUACUUCGUCUACGUGGUCAGUGGGGUGAAAUCCGUGAGCCACGACCUGGAGCAGCUGAGCCGGCUGCUGCACCUGGCGCGGAGCCUGCUGCAGAACCCCUUCCUGUGCCUGGGCUCCUACGUGUGCAGCCAUGGCUCGGUGCUGUACUGCGUGCUGGAGCCGCUGGCCGCCUCCAUCAACCCCCUCAACGACCACUGGACGCUGCGCGAUUACGCCGCGCUGCUGCUGGGCCGCAUCUUCUGGAGCCACGGGGAGCUGGUGCGGGGGCUCUACCAGCAGAUCCUGCUCUCGCUCCAGAAGGUUCUGGCGGAUCCGGUGCGGCCGCUCUGCUCCCACUACGGGGCCGUGGUGGGGCUGCACGCGCUGGGGUGGAAGGCGGUGGAGCGGGUGCUGUACCCCCACCUCCCCACGUACUGGCCCAACCUCCAGGCCGUGCUGGACGAUUACUCCGUGUCCAACGCUCAGGUCAAGGCCGACGGCCACAAAGUCUACGGCGCCAUCCUGGUCGCCGUGGAGCGGCUGCUGAAGGCCAAGGCUCAGCAAGCGCCGGGCUUUGGGGGUCCCGAGGGGUCCCCCCGGCACAGCCCCCCCGGCCAGGACCCCUCCCCCGAGCUGGGCCUGGGCCGCCCGUUGUUAGCGGGGGCCGCCCCCGCCUCCUCCUCCUCCUCCUCCUCCUCAUCUUCCUCCUCCCCGUCGCCGCCGUCGCUGCGGGACAUGUACCGCGAGCUCUACGACUUCUUCGGGGACAGCCUGGCCGCUCGCUUCGGCACCGGCGCCCCCGCCGAGCCCCCGAGCCCCCCGGGCGCCGCCGAGGGCGCCCGCAAAGAGCCCCCGGCCGAGGGAGCCGCCCGCAAAAUGCCGCAGCUGACCAACGCCACGAAAUGCCGCUUCGCCCCUCGGGGACCCCCGCGCUUCAGCUUCGUGAUCGCGGGGCGCCAGACCGGGCGGCGCUGCCCCGGCCGCAGGUUCCAGACGAGCUUCCCCGCAGCCGCCCGCGCCCCAGCGCUGGGCUCCCGCUACGCGCAGCGCCUGCCCAUGAUCGGCCGCACGGCGCGGGCGGCGCGGCGCUGGCCGCGGGCGGAGUACUCGCUGCUGCUGCUGCUCUGA